GAUGUAGCGCGGCGAUUCGCGCAGGGCUGCGACCCUGAGCUCGGCAUAAACGGAACACGGUUAAUCCUGCUCAUGACGCCGACAUGCUAAUUAGGGAAAGCAGAACAAUAUCGGUGUGUAAAAUCGCAGUUCACGUUUUCAUGACUGAUAAGCCAGUAGAUUGACAGUUUGGCGACAAGUGAAAACGUUGCGUGAUAAGAUGUUGGCUCGGCUCCGGGGGCAAUCCAGGGAGGGGCAGAAGGCGUGCGGGACAUAUAUAAAUCAGAGCUUACGAUCGGUCCUGCAUUCAGGUAAAUACCGCCCUUCGAAUUACUGCUUUCAUUCGUUUCCGUGCCCUAUUGUAGCGCAUUCCGCUUGGCUGUCGCCUCCACAGUAGCAGUACUCGUGUCUGAUUUCCCUGACUCCAGACCUUUCGUUCAAGUAUGGCAGUGACGGACUGGAGCUCUUCCACCUGUACGCAGUUGGACCUAGACUUGAUUGAGGAGUACCUCCGGGAGAACCUAGGAGAGGUCCUGAAAGCUGAGGAAGGGCCACCAUCCACCAACCGUGGAACAGAGCACCAUGUUAAUCUCAGAGAAAGCACUUGGCUGGGACAGGUUGACUCUGAGUGGACCUUCAGUCCAUUCCCCCAGUGGACAAAGGAAGAGCAGCUUACCAGGGCCAGUGGUGUCGGUAUUGAGGGAAUGAGUCCGGUGGAUACAAGGAACCAGUACCAGCGAUGGGACCAGCCUGACUGUCUGGUGCCGCUGACCAGAUCUACAUCGCUGGGGAGUCUCUUGUCCUGCAGCAGCAGCUCCAACAGCGACAGCGAGAGCCAGUCCGCCAGUCUGGGCUGGGACGGUGCCUCAGCCUCGCCAUGUGUGGAUCCCGUGUGUGGCAGCCCACCCCACGCACCCAUGGCAGGUCGGAAGAAGGAGCGGCUCUUCCAGUUCCUAUAUGAGAUGCUACAGGACCCAGGGAUGCGUAAUUGCAUCUGGUGGGUGCACUCUGACGACGGCACCUUCCAGUUCUCCUCCCAGAACAAAGAACUACUGGCCUGCCUGUGGGGCUGGCGCAAGGGCAACCGCAAGACCAUGACCUACCAGAAGAUGGCGCGUGCCUUGCGCAACUACACCCGCACCGGCAAGAUUUGCAAGGUGAAGAAGAAGCUGACGUAUCAGUUCGACAGGGACACCCUCAGUAGCCUGGGGCACAGCGUUCCGUCCGCACCUCUGUGAGGUCACAUGACAGCUGUGACAUCAUCGUUCCGAAGCUGAAUACUAUGUAUUUGCGGAAUGAGACGGCCAUCACGUGACAUCUUUUUUUCUCUAAAGAUUUUUUACUAUAAUGAUCUGGUCUGAGAUCAGUUUGUUGAUAGUUUAAUUUUACAUUAAUAAAGUCAUUGUGUAUUGGGUGCCAAUUGAUUUUGACGAUAUAAAUCUGAGGAUUGUCUUACGUAAUACUUAAUAAGUAGCUGUUCCUCUCCCCAUGGGACUUGUUUUCCGUGAGGAAUAUAAACAUUGUGUCACUAUAUUGUGCCCCUUACUGCAUUUGAUUGUUACCGUCUUUAAAUAUGCUGUUCGGAAUAUGCCUUAAAUGAAGUGGAACAGUGGAAAAUUGUAUAAAAUUUCUCAGUGGAAACUAAUGCUUCUUCUUCAUGAAUCUGCCUGUUAUUGUGGUCCUAAGUGAUGUUGAUUCGGUUUCCAUUACAGCCACCAUCCAUCCAUUCUAUAACCCCUAAUCUAGGUCAGGGUCAUGGGAGGGGCGAUUAGCCUAAUAGCGGCUCUCUGGGAUUUGAGAGGAAACCCAACCAACGUGGGGAGACCGAGCUUCUCACGCUCAGAGUGAGUCGUAGAGUCACCAGUAACAUUAAAGAAAUUAUAGAAAUUUAUAUCAAAGAAUUAUACAAACACAGUUAUGCAAAUGUAUUUUUAGAUUGAGUAAAGGCUGUGCUCAGUCCUGGACUAUCAAAUUCAAUGGAUAUCCCAGUUCAGAGAAUGUCGGAGUCAGCUCCUGUUGUCCCAGUCUGUGUCUUUUUCCCCAUUGUCCUAGUCUGUAUUGUUUCGCCUGGUCCCUGUGAGCCGCAUGGCCCAACGAGCUGAGCGUGCGGCUGUCUGUUAAUCCUCUGUUAUGUGUUCAAAUCUCACUUCCACUGGUUUUGUAUUUUGU